AUGGGGUGCACAAUUGGCAGUGUAUUUUUACUGCAGCUUGCUGUUUACUUUUACUUCAGUUUGCAAGGUAGCUGUCAAAGCUAUAGAAGUCAGAGUAGCCACAGUGCUUUUUGGAGACAUAGGGUGCAAUGGCAAAACAGUGGAAGGGUCUACAGCCUGCUCAGCCAAGGCUCAGAGUACCAACCUCCCAGGAGAAGAGAAUCUGUUGAACGUACACCUAGCAGUUCAAUACUAGUCCUAAGUAACAAUCAAACUCCGGGGUUAGAGCGCAAUAACCCCCAGAGGCUAAGAGACUCUUCUGGUCAGUUAAGCUUCCAGGCAUCGAGACCCAGAAGCCCUGCAGGUGCUGCUACAGGACAACAGAGGACCAGAGAGGAUGCUAUUAGAGCAAGAUAUCAAAGUACAGCUCGUCCAUUUAACAGGCAGCAGCCACAAAGAGUGAAUGCUACAACAGUCAAUACCGUUAGACAGGAAGUGACGCAAGGACUUCAAGGAGAUGACCCAUACAACCCCUAUAAAUACAGUGAAGAUAAUGGCUAUCAAAACUCUUUUGAUACAUACGAGACGAGAAGAGAAAGCCUUAGGAGGAGGCCAGGUUAUGGCAUGCGAUACUUUCAGCAUGGCCUCCCAGACUUGGUACCAGAUCCGUAUUACAUCCAGGCCUCCAUUUAUGUGCAGCGAAUGUCCAUGUACAGCUUAAGAUGUGCCGCUGAGGAAAACUGCUUGGCAAGUUCAGCUUACCGUUCUGAUGUCAGAGAUUAUGACCAGAGAGUGCUUCUGCGCUUUCCCCAGAGAGUGAAGAAUCAAGGUACAGCUGACUUCCUUCCAAGUCGACCUCGCUAUUCCUGGGAGUGGCACAGCUGCCAUCAGCAUUAUCACAGUAUGGAUGAGUUCAGUCAUUAUGAUUUGCUUGAUGCAAGCUCACAGAGAAGAGUGGCUGAAGGCCACAAAGCAAGCUUUUGUCUAGAGGAUACUUCAUGUGACUAUGGAUACUAUAGACGAUUUGCAUGCACAGCACAUACACAGGGACUGAGUCCUGGUUGUUAUGACACCUAUAAUGCAGAUAUUGAUUGCCAGUGGAUUGACAUCACAGAUGUAAAGCCUGGAAACUAUAUUUUAAAGGUCAGUGUGAAUCCAAGCUACUUGGUACCAGAAUCUGAUUAUUCCAAUAAUGUUGUUCGUUGUGACCUACGAUAUACUGGACAUCAUGUGUACACUUCUAGCUGUACAAUUUCUCCGUGA